AUGUCCGCUAAAGCAAUUAGGGAAUAUGAUGGAAAACUUCUUUUAGCAUACUGGCUUCUUCGUUCUCCACUACUUUUCAAAGAAAGCCAGGAUUCUGCUUCAAAGUUCUUACCACCACCUUCGAAAGUCGCUAGCAUUACGUUCAACACUUCUAUCCUCCAAGAUGCUACAAUUAGUAACCCUCAAGUUGCUUUUGAAAAUCACGUUCAACAAACUUUUAACGUUUUGGAACAAGCACAUCCAUGGUUAUUGACUGAUAACUUGGUUGUAAAACCAGAUCAACUCAUAAAGAGGCGUGGGAAAUCAGGUUUAUUAUUGUUAAACUCCGAUUGGAAACAAGUCAAAGAAUGGAUUACGGAGAGAUGCGGCAAGGAAAUUCAAGUUGAUUCUGUAACUGGCACUUUAAAAACUUUUCUCGUCGAACCGUUUGUCCCUCACCCUUCAAAUACCGAAUAUUAUAUAAACAUCAAUUCUGUUCGGGAUGGUGACUACAUAUUGUUUACCCACGAAGGUGGCAUCGAAGUUGGUGAUGUUGAUGCCAAAGCUUUGAAACUUUUAAUUAAAGUUAAUAAAUCUUACCCUACGUAUCAAGAAAUAAAAGAUACUUUGUUAAUUAAUGUUCCAGAAUCAAAAAAAGAUGUUUUAGUCGAUUUUAUUUCUCAUUUAUAUGCAAUAUAUGUCGAUUUACAUUUUACAUACCUCGAAAUCAACCCAUUAGUUGUACUAGAUCCUGUUCCAGGAGAGGAUGUACCAAAAAUUUACUAUUUAGAUUUAGCUACUAAAUUGGAUCAGACUGCUGAAUUUGAAGCUGGUCCAAAGUGGGCUAUUGCUCGUGCCCCCAAAACUAUUGGUAUUCCUGAUAUUUACGAUCUUGCCAAGUCUCAAGUUGAUCAAGGUCCUCCCAUGGAAUUUCCAGCACCUUUUGGUCGAGAAUCUACAAAGGAGGAAGCGUACAUACGAGAAUUAGAUUCUAAGACUGGAGCCUCUUUGAAAUUAACAAUCUUAAACAAAGAUGGAAGAAUAUGGACUAUGGUUGCUGGUGGUGGUGCAUCUGUUGUUUACAGUGAUGCCAUUGCCGCUUUAGGAUUUGCCAACGAACUCGCUAAUUAUGGUGAAUAUUCGGGUGCUCCUACUGAAACACAAACUUAUGAAUACGCCAAAACUAUACUUGAUUUAAUGACUCGUCAACCUGUUCCGGAUCCCAAAGGAAAAAUUCUUAUUAUUGGUGGUGGUAUUGCAAAUUUCACGAAUGUCGCUGUCACUUUCAAAGGAUUAAUCCGUGCACUACAAGAAUUCAAAAAAGCAUUGAUCUUGCACAAUGUAAAAAUAUUUGUUAGGCGUGGUGGCCCUAAUUAUCAAGAAGGAUUAAGAUCUAUGAGGCAAUUAGGUGAUGAUCUCGGCGUUGAAAUUAAUGUGUUUGGGCCAGAAACUCAUAUCACUGAGAUUGUACCAUUAGCUUUAUUGGGACGUGGCUCUGGACUUGAUAUCGACUUCAAUGAUAAAACAGAUACAUCUGGUAAUUAUUUAAUCGAAACCACCUCAUAUACUACCUCAAAGACAUCUACCGAAACAAAUGACAUUCAUCUUGAAGUUACGGCGAAAUCGAAAGAAAGUCAAUCUGGACCUACAACUCCGAUAGCUGAUCCACGUGAACGAAUGACUUACUUUGAAAAUCCUACUACGCAAGAUCGUCCUUGGUAUACUGCUUUCACAAAAGAAACUCGUGCUUUUGUAUAUGGAAUGCAAUCACGUGCUGUCCAAGGCAUGCUGGAUUUUGACUAUAUGUGUAAACGGGAGGUCCCUUCUGUUGCCGCUAUGAUCUAUCCUUUUGGUGGAAAUCACUUACAAAAAUUUUACUGGGGUACAAAGGAAACACUUCUUAAUGUCUUUAACAAUCUCGAAGACGCAAUAUCACAAUUUCCGGAAGUUGAUACCAUUGUAAAUUUUGCUUCAUCCCGCUCUGUUUACGAAUCAACUUUUGAAUUCAUGAAAUAUAGUAAUCAAAUAAAAACGAUCGCAAUUAUUGCCGAAGGUGUCCCUGAACGUUACGCACGUCAAAUACUUCAUGAAGCUAAAGAGAAAAAUGUGCUAAUAAUUGGUCCUGCAACUGUUGGCGGUAUUAAACCUGGAUGCUUUAAGAUUGGAAAUACGGGAGGCAUGAUGGACAAUAUAAUCUCUUCCAAGUUAUAUCGUCCAGGUUCUGUAUCCUAUGUUUCAAAAUCCGGUGGGAUGUCCAACGAGUUGAAUAAUAUUAUUUCUAGGACUACUAAUGGCGUAUAUGAGGGUAUAGCUAUAGGCGGUGAUAGAUACCCUAGUUCCACCUUUAUUGAUCAUUUAUUACGUUUUGAAAGCGAUCCAAAUUGUAAGAUAUUGGUUUUGUUAGGUGAGGUUGGAGGUGUUGAAGAGUAUAGAGUUUGUGAAGCUCUCAAAGACGGGCGUAUCAAAAAACCCUUAAUAGCAUGGUGCAUUGGAACUUGUGCCAUGAUGUUUUCAACAGAAGUCCAAUUUGGACAUGCUGGUGCUAUGGCUCAGUCUGAUUUAGAAACGGCAAACGCAAAAAACAUUGCACUCAGGAAUGCAGGUGCCAUCGUUCCAGAAACAUUUGAAAAAUUACCUUUGGCAUUACAUGAUGUCUAUCAAAAACUUGCAUCUGAAGGUAUCAUCGUACCCGCACCUGAACCAGAAGUUCCAAAGGUGCCCAUUGAUUAUUCUUGGGCACAGGAACUUGGAUUGGUUCGUAAGCCUGCGAGUUUCAUGUCUACCAUAUGUGAUGAUCGUGGACAAGAAUUAUUGUAUGCUGGAAUGAGAAUAUCUGAUGUGUUUAAAGAAAGCAUUGGAAUUGGUGGUGUUUUAAGCUUGCUUUGGUUUAAGCGACGACUUCCUGACUAUGCAUGCCGAUUUAUCGAAAUGAUACUUAUGUUGACAGCCGAUCAUGGACCCGCUGUAUCUGGUGCACACAAUACAAUUGUUACUGCUCGUGCUGGAAAAGAUCUUAUAUCAAGUUUGUGUACUGGGCUUUUAACAAUAGGAGAUCGAUUUGGAGGUGCACUUGAUGGUGCCGCAGAGAUGUUUACCAAUGCUUAUGACAAAAGCUUGACUCCUCGUGAAUUCGUUAAUUCAAUGAGAAGACAAAACAAACUAAUUCUCGGUAUAGGACAUAAGGUCAAAUCACGCAAUAACCCAGACUUUCGCGUCGAAAUAAUAAAGGAAUUUGCAAGAAAUAAUUUCCCAUCUACGAAGUUACUGGAUUAUGCUUUAGCCGUUGAAGAAAUAACAACAGCUAAAAAAGAUUCUCUAAUUCUUAAUCUUGAUGGUGCUAUCGCAGUUUGUUUCGUUGAUAUGUUACGUGAAUCAGGUGCUUUUAGUAGAGAAGAAGCGGAAGAAUAUAUUAAGAUUGGAGCCUUAAACGGGUUAUUUGUAUUAGGUAGAAGCAUAGGAUUCACCGGUCAUUAUCUUGAUCAACGUCGACUUAAACAAGGACUUUAUCGACAUCCAUGGGAUGAUAUUUCUUAUUUGGUGCCAGGUGUGGAAACUGGACGUACAUUUGUUAGUCAAGACAAAGUUACAGAAAAGAGCGUAUAA